GACGUGCACGGACCCACGGGCGGGCAUGGAUGUAGAACCAACCACAAAUGAUAUCUAGAUAGUAGACCAAAUCAGUUGAAUGGGUACAUUUUGUGAUUUGAGUUCACCGCCAUAGAUUUUCAGCUAUGUCACAGGUGCAGAACUAGCCUUUUGUUCUCCUUGGUUACCUGUAUUCAGGUACAGCAAGUUGCGCGGGAGAUCAGAAUGACGCGAUUCUGGUAGACUCUGAAAGUAAUAUUCAGGCCGAUGGUUUGCCAUGACUCCAUCACACCGAAAAUCAUGUAAUACAAGUUAUGACAUAAGAAAACAAUAAAGACAUAUGAAGUUGACUGACUAGCACUUACAGACGAGGUAGCGUUACCAUAGUUCGUCAAUCGCGUCAUGUUUACAGACGCUUUAUGAGUCCUUUUGUUGCAUUGAAAAACGAUCUACCUGCCCGCCAUUUCGUCGGAAAGGUGUUCUGGGUGUGCGAGUACUACCUACUUUUGUGCAUAUUUUCAGAAUUUAGUCGAGCCGAAAUUACACAGAAGUUUCACGAGGUCAAAGACAACGAAUUUGGCUUGCAGAUCAUGGGGAUAACUGGCGUAUUCAACGCAUUAGGAUUAAAUAGGAGAGGUCGCUUUCUCCAUCAACACUUUUUUCAUUAAGGUAAUUCCAAAAAUAUGAGAAAAAAGUGCAAUUUAGCGGCAAUCUUUGCCAAAAUGUCAACAUAUAAUCGAAAAUAUGAAUCUUUUGGUAGCUGCCAAGAAAAUUUCGACCUGUCGGACUUAUGCCAUCUUUCAGAACGGACGUAGUUUCUUAAGGGUAACAAACACACUUCUUAAGGUUCUUGGCCAUUUCUUCUGUGACUGAGGUGGCUGCUUUCUAUUGCGUCCGCACGGACACAAUAUAUGUAGGGAACGCUGUGAGCGAAACUUCAUUCUUACUCUUCAGUACGACUGUAAAAGUAAACAUGUCCGCACCAGCAGCAGCACCCGCCAAGAAGGCAACCAAGGCUAAGAAGCCUAAGAAGCCCGCGGCCCACCCACCGGUCGCCAAGAUGGUCGUCGCCGCCAUCACCGCCUUGAAGGACCGCAAGGGAUCCUCCCUGCAGGCCAUCAAGAAGUACAUCGCCGCCAACUACAAGUUCGACGUGACCAAGCAGGGCCAUGUCAUCAGGCGUGUCAUCAAGAACAUGCUGGCCAAGGGUCUGCUCACCCAGGCUAAGGGCAAGGGCGCCGCCGGCUCCUUCAGGCUCGGCGCUGCCGCCAAGAAGGCCCCCAAGAAGCCCAAGGCAAAGAAGCCCAAGGCAAAGAAGGCGAAGAAGCCCAAGAAGGCGAAGAAGCCCAAGGCAAAGAAGGCCAAGAAGCCCAAGGCAAAGAAGCCCAAGGCAAAGAAGGCCAAGAAGCCAGCAGCCAAGAAGGCAGCAAAGAAGCCAGCAGCCAAGAAGGCCAAGAAGCCAAAGAAGAAGGCAGCUCCCAAGAAGAAGUAGAUCCUCUCCUGACGGCUAAAACCACCGGCCCUUUUCAGGGCCACCCAAAUAUCCAGAAAGAGCUCAUUAUAUCACUUGCUGCUAGGUCAAUAUAUUUCUGUCCGGUAAGCAAUUUUGUGUUGCUGUGAGUUGGAACCAUGAAUGUGAAAGGUGUACUUUUUCAUCAUUAAAUAUGGCGAGUUAGAAUAUUUUGUAUCAUUGUAAUUGCUUUGUCAAAUCGCACAUAGCAUUCUAUUCGACGGAAACCACGUAAGUACAUUACUUUUUCUUCUAGCUUUCCUGAUAUUACCUUCCGUGCUACGGGCCUCCGAAGCGAAAUGACAUAAUGUCCAUGGGUAUACAUGAGCAUUUCAACUGACUAAUGAAAGAGUCUUAGAGAAAUAAAAAUAGAAAUGGGGCGGGUAGGUACUUUUUCUUAGACAACGGUUAUGAUUAAACUUUGAAAAGAGUUCAGUCUGUCGAACAAAUACUGCGAGGAACUGUUGGCGUUA